CAUGCACGUCCACUGCCCGUGGCUCCUCCUGAUUCUAGGACACGCGGCUUCGACUCCGCACACCUCAGCAAAUGAAUGGACUGUUGACCGUCCCCAAACCCUCUUCGCCUGGGAGGGAGCCUGCAUCUGGAUUCCUUGCAAGUACAAAACUCCACUACCCAAGGCACGUUUGGAAAACAUCCUCCUUUUUCAGAACUAUGAGUUUGACAAGGCCACCAAGGAAUUCAAAGGAACUGUCCUGUACAACGCCACAAAGCCUGAGAAGAGCCCAGAGCCUGAGCUGUACCUUUCUAAGCAAGGGAGAGUAACAUUUCUGGGGAACAGAAUAAGCAAUUGUACCCUGAAAAUCCACCCGAUACGUGCCAAUGACAGUGGGGAGCUGGGGUUGAGGAUGACCGCAGGGACUGAACGAUGGAUGGAGCACAUUCACCUCAAUGUUUCCGAGAAACCGCUUCAACCUUACAUCCAGAUGCCAUCAGAAAUCCGGGAAUCCCAAAGUGUCACUCUGACCUGUGGACUGAAUUUCACCUGCUUUGGGUAUGACAUCCACUUGCAGUGGUUCCUGGGAGAUUCUGAGGUCACCUCCGCCACCUCUUCUGUCACCUCCUCCGUUAAGAAUGUCUAUACAGAGAGCAAGUUCACCUUCCAACCAAACUGGAAGCACCAUGGAAAGAGCGUGACGUGCCAAGUCCAGCACUCCUCCAAAGUGCUCUCUGAGAGCACUGUGCGUCUGGAUGUUAAGUAUACCCCGAAGCUGGAGAUCAAGGUCAAUCCCACAGAGGUGGAAGAGGAGAACUCUGUGACCAUGACAUGCCAGGUGAACAACAGCAACCCGAAAAUCAGUACGGUGGCGGUGUCUUGGUUCAAGGAUGGGCGCCUCCUAGAGGAUCGGGAACAGGAACAGGAACAGGAACAACAGAUGUCCAAGCUAACUCUGCACUCGGUGACCAAGGACAUGAGCGGCAGAUACCAUUGCCAGGCUUCCAACGACAUAGGCCCAGGACGGUCGGAAGAAGUGGAACUCACCGUGCACUAUGCUCCAGAGCCCUCCCGGGUUCACAUCUACCCUUCCCCCGCUGAAGAGGGACAGUCAGUAGAGCUGGUUUGUGAGUCACUGGCCAGUCCGAGUGCAACAAGCUACACCUGGUAUCACAACAGGAAACACGUACCUGGAGACACCCAAGAGAAGCUUCGGAUCCCUCAGGUCUCCCUGUGGCAUGCUGGGAAUUACUCUUGCUUGGCAGAGAACCGUCUGGGUCGUGGACAGAUAGACCAGGAAGCUAAGCUGGAUGUCCAUUAUGCUCCCAAGGCUGUGACCACAGUGAUUCGGAGCUCCACACCAAUUCGGGAAGGAGACAGUGUGACCCUGGUCUGUAGGUACAACUCCAGCAAUCCAGAGGUCACCUCCUACAAAUGGAGCCCCCAAGGUUCUGGGAGUGAACUCAAACCCGGAGUGCUGAGGAUUCAGAAAGUGACAUGGGAUUCCAUGCCUGUCAGCUGUGCUGCCUGCAACUACAAGUGUUCGUGGGCCUCCCCUGUCAGCCUGAAUGUCCACUACGCUCCCAGAGCUGUGAAGGUACUGAAGGUAAGCCCCGCAUCAGAGAUCCGCGCUGGGCAGCGUGUCCUCCUCCAAUGCGACUUCUCAGGGAGCCACCCAGCAGAGGUCCGCUUCUUCUGGAAGAAGAAUGGGAGUCUUGUGCAGGAAGGGAGAGACCUGAGCUUCAGCUCCAUCUCUCCAGAAGAUUCUGGAAACUAUAACUGCAUGGUCAACAACUCCAUCGGAGAGACCUUGUCACAGGCCUGGAGCCUCCAAGUGCUGUACGCUCCUCGGAGGCUGCGUGUAUCCAUCAGCCCUGGGGACCGUGUGAUGGAGGGGAAGAAGGCCACCUUGUCCUGUGAGAGUGAUGCCAACCCGCCCAUCUUUCAGUACACCUGGUUUGACUCCAGUGGCCAAGACCUCCACUCCUCAGGCCAGAAACUGAGACUGGAACCCCUACAGGUCCAACACACGGGUUCCUACCGCUGCCAAGGGACCAAUGGGAUAGGCACAGGAGAUUCACCGCCCAGCACCCUCACUGUCUACUACAGUCCAGAGACCAUCGGCAAGCGGGUCGCCUUGGGACUAGGGAUCUGCCUGGCUAUCUGCACCUUGGCCAUCUGGGGGAUGAAAAUCCAGAAAAAGUGGAAGCAAAACCGCAGCCAGCAGGGGCUUCAGGAAAAUUCCAGUGGCCAGAGCUUUUUCGUGAGGAACAAAAAGGCUAGAAGGACCCCUCUUUCAGAAGGCCCCCAAUCCCAGGGAUGCUACAAUCCGGCGAUGGAUGACACCAUUAGUUAUGCCAUCUUGCACUUUCCAGAGAGUGACACACGCAGCGCUGGAGAUGCGGGGACCCCAGCAACACAGGGUCCUCCUCCAAAGAACAGCAACUCGGUCACUUACUCGGUGCUACAGAUGCGGCCUAUGGACGAUUAUGAGAAUGUGAAUCCGAGCUGCCCAGAGGAUGACAGCAUCCAUUACUCAGAGCUGGUUCAGUUUGGGGAUGGUAAGCGGCCCCAGGCGAAGGAAGACGUAGACUAUGUGACCCUCAAGCACUGAGGUGGGUAACAGCUGCAGUGUCAGGUUCUGGAGCCU